AUGGGUUCAGCUAGCGAAGAUGAAGACGAUGAUGAUGAUCCGCCACAUUUACGCGGGCCCCCUCUGGGUUUGGGUAUGCUGGGACCAAAUGGCCCAGACUCAGCAGGUGGACCAUUGGGAGCAUCAGAUAUUUCAGUACAAAGCAUGAGCACCGACAGCAAAAAUACCCAUGACGAUUCGGAUCAGGGUUCCUUAGAUGGCGAUCCCGAUGCGAGAGGUGAUUCCCAGGCUGAAAACAAAAGUCCUGACGAUGCCAACGGUUCAAAGCGAAGAGGUCCGCGCACAACGAUCAAAGCCAAACAAUUGGAAGUACUGAAAACUGCAUUUAACCAAACACCGAAACCGACACGCCACAUCAGGGAACAGCUGGCCAAAGAAACGGGUCUGCCGAUGCGAGUGAUACAG